AUGGGCCCGGAGCAUCCCCAGAGCCUCAGCAGCAUGGGCAACUUGGCUGGGCUUUUGAAGGAGAAAGGUGACCUGGAGGAGGCCGAGACGCUCUUCCGCCAGUCUUUGGAGCAUAGGCGGAAGCAGCUUGGGGAGACUCAUCCAGACACGCUCGCCAGCAUGCACAAUUUGGCCGGGGGUUUGACGGACACUGGCGACGCGGACAAAACGGAGGAGGCAGAGCGCCUUUACCAAGAUUGCCUUUGUGAGAGCAGGGCUGCCUUGGGUGACAUGCAUCCGCACACCCUGGGCACCAUGGAACAGUUGGCCACCCUGAUGCAGGGCGCUGGACCUUGCAGAAGGGCUCUUCCGUGA